GCACUGGGGCCAUCAAGGUCCUGCUUCCCCAAGCGCUAAGCUACGAUGGAGUUGAGGCGUAAGCGGGUGGAGCAAAAGGGUCGCUUUACCAUCACUGAGAUUAUCCCUGGGUCGCCGUACUCGCCGCGCAUGUCGUCUCCUACGUUCGAGGACGACGAGGUGUCGGUCGCGGACUUCCCUACGUCAGCAAGUGCACCCGUGUCUGCCGGCAGCAGCGGCGAAGUGGCUAUCCAGCCGCAGUCUGCACCUCUCCAGCAUUUUAAAUUGGUGGAGAGGAACGGCAAUGUCGUUGGCAUCGAGAAGAUUGCGGCUAUGGAACGCACUCCAACGAUGGAGUUGCCCCCCGAGACCCACACGCUGCCGCCUGAGACGGUCUUGGUGCCACCCGUACCGAACCUGUCUACUGGUAUCUCACCGGAGACGGAAGCUUCUGCGGGGCAUUCCGUGAGCGAGGUGUCGACCGCUGCGACUGCCAGUGUGAGGGCGGCUCCCGGUUCGCCAUCGCGAAAGUGCUCGUCUCCCAAGAAAACGGUGCAGCGCACCCGCCGGAUCAAACGCAGAGGGCGCUUCACCAUUAUCGAACUUGCAUCGGACUCACCGACCUCCAGGAAGAACGCCGACGACCUGUACGAUCAUCGCUUCGUAACCACGACGUCGGUCGGAGGAGCUUCGGUUGAGAUUUCCCCCAGACUGGACAACCAGCUGAGUCGCAGCUCCGACAACUUCGAGCGUCGUAACAAACCGAAGCGAGUGACACGCUCCAUGCCUCGUCUUCGUCAAAACUCGUCCAUGCGUCGUCACCGUCGACGAAGUGAGAGCCCGACCCGUGAGCUAGUUGAGUCUAUGGAAAUGGGAGCCCCCAGCGGAAACCAAAAACUGCAGCCAGAAGCAGCCACCUACUCACACUCGACACCUCUGUCAGUGACCGAGACAUUGGACCCACUGGCCAACGGCGUCCUGAACUCUGCCAUCGCCUCUGCUGGUGCCACAAUUAUGACGACCAAUACCAAUGCAGGAUCAGUGACUAGCGUGGCGAUCCCGGACUGCGAUACAACUGUUACGGUCACUCCGACUUCAGUUCGACCCACCACACCGUCAUCGCAGCUCAUGAAGGUCUCUAAGACCAACGGAAGUGUGAUCAACCUGCCACAAACGUCAGUUACCAUCUCGACCGCCCAAUUCCUACAGCAACAGCAGACGAUAGCCUCGCUUAUCCGACAACAGCACGAUCUAAAGCAGAUCAUCAAUGUGCUUCAGGAACAGCAACAGCAGCUUAUGACCAUUCCUACGCAGAUCAGCGAACUCAAGCGUCAAAGAGCCAACAUCAAUAAUGGUGAGACGAGAGACGAAGAGAUGCGAGAACUGCACAAGAAGGUCGACAGGUUGACGCAAGCCAACGAAUCUCUUCACUCGUUGAUUAACGCAGCUGAGCGUGAGGCGCGUCACCGAACGCUGGAAAUCGAGUGCUUGUCGGAAGAGAACGACGAGUUGAGGCACCGCUGUGGACAGUUUGAGACGCGCUACAUGGACGAACGUAAGCAAAGCUUCGUGUUGGAGGAGGAGGUCCAGCGGCUGCGCAUGCUGUCUCUGACGCUGCAAGAGCAGCAACUUUGCCAGCAACAACAGCAGAGUUAA